CUACCCACCGCCUCUGUCGACCCGCAGAGGUAGUCGCUGAAGACCAAGGAAGGACGUCGAAGGCUGAACGAGAUGCUGAAGGAACUGCUGUUAUUGGCGCUCGCGGCGCUAUGCGCGUCGGCGAUGCACAUCCCCGGUAAGACCGCGGACAUGGACUUCCUGCACAAGCAGAAGAAGAUCUACGAGCUGUUGUUCUUCGUCAAGCAGAACACUCUCACCGACACCGAAUUCUACGAGAUCGGCCGCAACUAUGACAUCGAGAACAACAUCGACUUAUACAAGGAUAAGGCGGUCGCCCAGGAGUUCUUGUACAUGUACAGACAGGGCAUGCUCCAGCGCAAUGCCAUUUUCUCGCCGUACUACGAGGAGCACCGUGAGGAGGUGAAGAUGCUCUUCAAGCUCUUCUAUUGCGCCAAGGACUUCCAGACCUUCUACAAAACCGCUGCUUGGGCGCGUCUCCACCUCAACGACGGCGUCUUCACGUCCGCCUUCUCCGUCGCGGUCUUCUAUCGCCCCGACUGCAAGUACAUGAGGGUACCGGCUCCCUAUGAGAUCUACCCCAAUCUGUACUUCGACAGCAACGUCAUCCAGGAGGCUCACCGCAUCAAGAUGACUCGUGGUCUCACCACCACCGGCGUCGACAACUACGACAACUAUGUGAUCUACGCUAACUACUCCAGCAACUUUGUCGAGCCCAACUUGUACGAGGAGUACAAGAUGGACUACUUCAUGGAGGAUCACAGCUUAAACGCCUUCUACUACUAUGUCCGUCAAGUCUUCCCGUUCUGGCUCGACAUGAAAGAAUGUGAUAUCCCGCAGAACUUCCGUGGUCAGUUCUACUACUUCCAGCACAAGCAGCUGUACGCCCGUUACAUCUUGGAACGCGUAUCCAACGACUUCGGCUGCGUUGAAGACUUCGAUUGGAACAAGCAUUUCUAUCCCGGCUACUACUCUACCUUGAUGUACAACAACGGAAUGCAGUUGCCGCAACGCCCACGCUAUUCCAACAUACCUUUCUACAAGUACAAGUACCUGAAGGAAGUCGAAACUUUGGAGAUGCGCAUCAUGAAUGCUAUCGACCUUGGUUACGUAUACGACAAGACUGGCAAGCAAGUGAACAUCUACACCCCCGAGGGCUUGAACAUUCUCGCCAAUAUCAUCGAAGGUAACGUGGACUCGUGCAACCGACGCUUCUACGGAAUGUACGACGCCCUUGCCCGCGACAUUCUCGGCUUCAACUUCGACCAUAGCCAGAAGAACAAGGUGGUCCCCAGCGCCCUUCAAUGUUACAGUACCAGCAUGAGAGAUCCAGGAUUCUACCGUCUCUACAAGAGAAUCAUGUCGUACUUCUUCAGGUACAAGAAGUACAUGCCGUACUACACUCAAAACGAUCUGAUCUUGCCCGGUGUGAAAUUCGAGUCCGUCAGCAUGGACAAAAUGCAGACGUACUUCGACAGCUGUGACACCUACAUCAACAACGCUGUCGACGUGGAGAACUUCAAGGACGGAAUGAAGUUGCGUCUGAAGGCCCGCCGUUACUGCCUCAAUUACAAGCCGUUCACCUACCGUUUCAACAUCAACAGCGACAAGGAAUCCAAGGCCAUACUCAAGAUCUUCCUCGGACCUGCUUUCGACAAGUACAAAGAGAACGACGUGUCUUACCUCCGCGAAUAUUACAAAUACUUCGUCGAGCUAGACAAAUUCGUCGUGACGCUGAGACCAGGCUCCAACACCAUCGAACGCCGCAGCUCUGACUCGAGCUACACCAUGCCCGACAUGACGCCCGCUGACGUGUACUACAAGAAGUUGGAGAAGGCUGUCGGCGGUAGUGAACCGUUUACUUACUACGAGAAGGUCUUCGGCUUCCCCGAGCGUCUUUACCUUCCUAAAGGCAAGCCCGAGGGUAUGCGCUACAAGAUGUUCUUCUAUCUGAGUCCGUUCGACGAGACCAAGGUCACGAACGUAGAACUGCCGGUCUUCGGUAAAUACAUGAUGGACGGCAAACCAUUCAACUUCCCACUCGACCGACCGAUGAACCCGAGGAAGUUCAUCACUCCCAACAUGUACUACACGGAUGUGUUCAUCUACCAUACCAAGGAGACCGAGAAGACCCACUAUUGAGUCACUUGCUGACUUGAUCAAAACUCCAUUCAAUCUGGACAGAAAAUUUUAACAGAAGUUGUCGCCGCCAGUAGAGCGGAUCGCGAAGUUUCUUUCAAUAAACAAUACUGAGAGACUA